CACCGCCACCGACCAUGGCUUCCCCUUUGAAAGUGUGCGUUAUUGGUUCUGGGAACUGGGGGUCUGCAAUUGCCAAAAUUGUUGGAAAGAAUGCAGAAAAGGCUGAGAAGUUUUCCAAAACGGUGAAGAUGUGGGUUUUUGAGGAGAUGGUUAACGGAAGGAAACUGACUGAUAUUAUAAACCAAGAACAUGAAAACAUUAAAUAUCUUCCUGGUUACAAGCUGCCCAAAAAUGUGGUUGCUGUUCCAGACUUGAAGGAAGCUGUAGAUGGUGCCGAUCUAUUGGUGUUUGUCGUUCCUCAUCAAUUCAUUCGUAAGCUCUGUGAUACGAUUACUGGUCACGUGCCACAAAAAGCACUUGGUAUAAGCCUUAUAAAGGGAAUUGAUGAAGGGCCUGAGGGACUAAAAUUGAUUUCUGAUAUAAUCAGGGAGAAAAUGAAAAUAGAUGUCAGUGUGUUAAUGGGGGCCAAUAUAGCUAAUGAGGUUGCAGCGGAACAGUUCUGUGAAACCACAAUAGGCACCAAAAAUCUGCAAAACGGCUACAUCUUCAAAGAGCUCUUGCAGACUUCCAAUUUCCGGAUUACUGUGGUAGAGGAUGCAGAUACUGUGGAAUUAUGUGGUGCACUAAAGAACGUGGUUGCGGUUGGUGCUGGUUUCUGCGAUGGCAUGCAAUGUGGUGAUAACACCAAAGCUGCAGUGAUUCGGCUUGGCUUGAUGGAGAUGAUUGCAUUCGCCAAGCUCUUUUGCAAAGGAGUAGUGUCUACCACCACUUUCCUAGAGAGCUGUGGAGUUGCGGAUCUCAUCACAACCUGCUAUGGGGGACGGAAUCGCAAGGUUGCAGAAGCUUUUGUGAAAACUGGAAAGACUAUAGAGGCACUGGAAAUGGAAAUGCUGAAUGGCCAGAAGCUCCAGGGACCCCAGACAUCAGGAGAAGUGCACCACAUUCUUAAACAGAAGCAAAUGGUGGAUAGGUUCCCUUUGUUCUCGGCGGUAUAUCAGAUUUGCUAUGAAGGCAAACCAGUGAAAGAACUGCUAACGUGCCUGCAAAGUCACCCAGAACACAUGUAAAACAGAGCUACUAUGGAUUAUGUGCAAUGUUCCUCUUUACUUAAGUUGAAUGCGACUAAAUAGUAACAUAUGGAUAAAACUUGCUAAAGGAGGGCGUGUGUGAGUAGCUAUGAAAUAUAUUAUACAGUACCUACCAGCUGCAUCAGUCAGUAAGUGGCAUGUGCAUUAUAUUUUCAAUUGAUGCACUAAAAGAUCAAUGGUUAGUUCAAAAUGCCAUUAUAGACAAAAAAGUGACAUGCAUAAUUGUUAAUUCACGUGCCUAUUCAAGAUGGCGUUAACCUGAAGGACAGUUUGCAUUGUUAUUGAGGAUUAAAUUUGGAUACUUUGUGCACUUAGUUCUUUAUCAUUAUCUACCGUUAGUUUAGAACAACAACAACUUGCAUUUAUAUUCAUGCAGGUAGCGUCUCUGAGUACUUAAAUUGGUUUAGCUUAAAAUAUCAUGUUUAAAGCAUCAAGCAGCUUUCAGGAGAUCAGAUGUCAGUGACUGUUGUCCACGACAAACAGUUUACUCCUUUCCCAAAAUAUACUAGACUUUUUAAAUGUUUGCAGUUUUGUCAGAUUUAUCUUAUUUUUAAUGCAAAGAUGUGGAAGUGUAUCAAGUUAGGAUGUUGUGCUUUCCUGCUGGAGCAUGGUAAUAUCCACAGUAACUGCACACUUUUGCGGUUCUAACGCUGAAGCUGACUCCACGUUACAUGGUCCAGAUGGCUAUUGUAAUACAAUAUCCCUUCCAGAAGCUGCAUUUAUGCCAGUCCCAUCUACACCAUGUGACGUGGAGACAGUCAAGCUGCCAUACUUAUUUCAGAUUUCACAGCAGAGGUUCGGAUGAUGUACACAUUUCAUUUCAACCUUUCAAAAUUCCAACUCUAUCUAUUACAUUGUGACAUAUUAUUUCUUGAAACGGUUCAAUUACUUGGCCUCAGCCAACGUGUACCCUCCUGACCUACUGUUUGAUAUAUUUGAAAGUACUGUUUUUCGUUUACUCUUCUGAAUCCCAUUUUAUAUUGCUGCCAUGGUGUCCGCAUUUGAGAAACACUUUGACCUAGUGUCUUCAUGAAGCCCUUAUAGAGAAGUUGGAAUCUAUGGGAGUACAUGGCCAAAAUUUGUAUUUUAUCUGGAAUGUGUAUUCCAGCUCUUAAGGUCUGUAUAGGAUUUGAUGGUAGAUUCACUGAGCGUAUCCCUCUCAAAAGGAGGAUAAGACAAGGUUACCAGCUGUCACCUACCCUAUUCAAUGUACUAAUCAAAGAUGUAUUCAAUAGCAUCAAGAGGGAUGGACUUGGUGUCUGGUAUUUUCAAUAGAUUUGUAGCCCUGCUAUUUGCAAAAGUGUGUUAUUGGUAGACUCACCUAGAGAUCUAAUGCCUAUACUCACCAACAGACUAUGCAAUGUCAAAAUAACCAUGUACAAACUAAUGAAUAACAUUAAAUUGAAAGUGUUCUACAGAUUUACUUUGGAACAACUUUGCUGUAACCACAGAUGCCUAGUUCUCUGUAAUUGCCUUUUAACCACAAGCUGGGUGUUUUUGCACACCUUUCUCUCAUAGGCAAAUUUGCUUUCUGCAGUUGUAAUCUUACCUAGGAAUACUUUCAGAUACAUCAAGUUAGCAGGAAAAUAGAACAUUGUGUUUGGGGUUCUUUUAAGGACUCUUUUAAGACAGAUACCAAGAAGUGUUUCUUCACGCACCGGAUAAUUAACAGUCAGACACAUUAACGGUGGUGUGAGGCCAGGACCCUGUGCUCAUUUAAGAAAUAGCUUGAUUCUGUAAUGGGAAGAUGACAAAUUGGAGGU